UAUGCAGUGUCUUUUAUGUUAUCAAAUGUGCCACUUUAAGCCAUCGAAUGGCGCAAAGCAUUACUUACAUUAUUUUUGGAAUUCUUCUCAUGAAGAAACAUAACGGCCAGCUGUGUAAUUUGGGAAUUCAUCAUCGAAGAGAUACCUCCAUAUCUACAGUUUAUAAAUACUAUGAUCUGCCUGGAGAACCUGCACUCACAGCCGACAAGGCCUUGGAUGGGAAGUAUUAUGUACACCAACAUGAGUGUGCUGGAUCUGACGUCAAUAAACCGUUCGGAGAGGCUUGGUGGCAGGUCACAUUGAAGUCCACGUCCAACAUCUUUAAAAUUAACUUGGUCUUUCGGGAAUUGUUUGUUCGGAAUGCUGGCUAUUAUGUUUUUAUAACAAAUCGGACAGUGACGUCACAUGAACUUUCUUCGCUAGAACCUGUAUACCACGACGAGGAACCCAGUCCUAGCCAACAACUGACAAUCGUUUUCCCUGAGGGCCAUGCUGGUGAACAAGUGUUUCUCUACCUCAACACCACAAAUCCAACAAACCAUCACUACGCAGUGAUUGAGCCCUGUGAGGUGGAAAUUUAUGGUUGUGUGGAAGAAAAUUUGGAUGGAUGUGCUUGUGCAAAUAUGACAGUAGAUGAAGUAGAGAGUUUGGACCUUUGGAAAUUGACACCGGUUUUCAGUACAGGGUCCAUUUCUCUCCGGUGUAAUAACGACUACAUUUCCAUAAUGAAUAUGUCGCAGUUUGAUAGCGCUCUGUUUAUUUCACUGCUGUCAAAAUGUGAUGGAAAACAACAGUGUUCUUUCAAUUCUAAUUCCACUAUAAAGGACAAUACUUUAAGCUUCGUGUGCUCUGAUUACUGCAUUAACGAAAACUAUACAAAUGCUAUUCUAAAACACAAUUUGGUUCACAAUUUACAAUAUGAAUGUGACGUCAGAGAUUCGUUUACUGCGCUUCUAAAGUCACGUGUGUUUGAGUGUGAGGAACGACACGUGCUCACCGAAGGGAAUCUCACAAUUCAAUGUGAAAAGGAGGGAAGAUGGUCUGCAGAAGGCCCUGUUUGCAAUGUUACCUGUCAAGAACCUGUUCAUGAAAACAGCACUACAGUACGUGACACAAGUCCAUGUCCACUUUAUUUUGAGGAAUACAAUGUGUCAUACUCUUGUCGUCCAAACCAUCGUCACAUUGGUGGCCAUCUCAGUCGAGUUUGUAACGCAAGUGGUGAUUGGUCAGGAGAGGAACCAAUCUGCAAACGCUGCAAGUGUCCCUGUAGUCGAGUCAACUCCCAAAAUUUUAUAAAGGAUCCAGAAGUUCUUAAGAAAAGACUGGAUGAAAUGAAGAAAAAAUUAGAAGUUAAUCAAAAAGAGCUCUCUGCAACAGUUAGAGCAAAGACGUCAGCCAAGGACGAGAGGAAGUCAGCAAGAGGUAUCGGGUCUGUCUUAGGCGUGGGGAUCAUUACUUUUGUGUUGGUGACUCUCGUAAUCAGUGAUCUUCCACUGCUCUAUAGGCAGAUUCGGUAUGGACCUUUUACGGGGCUUGUUCUUUAAUGAGCUUAACCUGACUAUCAUGCACGAUUGAAAAAAAAAAUGAGUUUGUG